UAAAAACAACACAUCUUUUCCGUUUGUGAGCGAGCUGGCUUUGCGCUGUCGGCAAAGUUUUCUGUAAUUUCCUACGUGGGGAUUUUUCUGUCCUCUAAAUGUUAAUUCUGAAUUAAGGUUAAAAAAUGGGUCGAAUUCCUACAGUCCAUAGUAAAACAUAUGUAACCCCACGUCGUCCUUUCGAAAAAGAACGUUUGGAUCAAGAGUUAAAGUUUAUUGGCGAUUUUGGCUUAAGAAAUAAACGAGAAGUAUGGCGUGUAAAGUACACCUUAGCAAAAAUCCGUAAAGCAGCUCGUGAACUUCUUACACUUGAUGAAAAAGAUACUAGGAGGUUAUUUGAAGGUAAUGCAUUGCUUCGACGAUUAGUAAGGAUAGGUGUAUUGGACGAAAACCGAAUGAAGCUUGAUUACGUGCUUGGCUUACGUGUUGAACAUUUCUUAGAGCGACGCUUACAAACACAAGUCUUUAAACAAGGCCUUGCCAAAAGUAUACAUCAUGCUCGUGUUUUAAUUCGUCAAAGGCACAUUAGAGUGAGAACACAAGUAGUGAAUGUUCCCUCAUUCAUUGUUCGACUGGAUUCCGAGAAACACAUAGAUUUCUCUUUAAAAUCUCCAUUUGGUGGUGGACGCCCCGGCCGUGUAAAGAGGAAAAACCAGAGGAAAGCUCAAGGAUCUGGUGCUGCUGAAGUAGAUGAUGAAGAUUAAACUGGAGUUUCAUUCUGUUGUAUAAUGAAAAUAAAAAAAGAAAAAAAAUUAUAA